GUGCUUCUUGUGAGACCGUUGCUGUUCGCGGGUAUAUCUUUCGAUCAUCUUGUCCUCGAGCGACAUGUUGGGAUCGUCCUCACCGAAACGUCUGUCGAUUAGACCGCCGACCUUGUUCCUCCGCUGCAUCUCAACAAGGAUAGUCUCACGCCGUCUCUCCUCGCCUUUCGCCUUGGUCAACCCGGGUCGACCGCUGAUACCCAUAGCCUCCCUGCUGCUGACGGGCUUGUUGGUGGUAACCUCAAACUUGGGGCCUCUGGCAUUCGUCUUGAACUGGAAGGGGUUGAACUGCUCGCGGAUGCUGGCCAGGGCCUCAUGUCGCUGGAUGCGCUUCUCGUUGGACGCCUUGGCAUCUUGGGCAUUUUGGCGCUUCUGCUUCUUGGAUUUCUGGGGACCGAUAAUUCCUUGGUCCUUCAGGGAGGCCUUAAGCCUCUUCAACUGUGAGCCGGCCAUGAUCGCGUCGUUUUUGUUGGGAGUCGCGACGCAAUUGCCGGGUUUUCGAUGGCCGAACAGUCGUUGUAUCUCCAAUUCAGAAUUUUUGGUAGAGGAUGGAUGGUCGCAGCGCUAUCUUAUCAGAGUGCCCCACUGUUUGUAAAUUUUGGCGGUCUGCAGCGGCAGGAUCAGGGAAAGCUUUCUGUUUUGGAAGCUCUCAGCUCAAGCUUCUCUAGAACACCGACCCGCUCUCCACUGUGGAGAUGCAUUACAGCCGGGCGACGACAUGCAGCCUCAACAUCAGAGACGACACUAACCACCGCCGCCAUCAUGGAAUGGCUCGCCUCCCUUAUGACCACCGAUAAGGCCAUCAAAGGGGCCUUGAUCAUACACGGUGUUGCUCUCGUCGGGACAGUGCUGCUUGCGCUUGAUCAAUGGCGCUCAGAGUGCGAAAGAAAACCACCACAACCCAAGCCGCAGUACAUCACCCAGGACACCGAGGACGCCCUGAAACUGACCACCCUGGAUACGUUGCUCGGUCACUACAACCACGCCAUUCGUGAGACGGCUGUCAAGAUCGUAUGUGACAGAGCCGUCAACGACAAGGACACCCUCGAACAGCUCCUCUGGGGCAUCACCCGUCCCAACUACGACGAGCGCCUGAAGAAUCUCCGAGCUUUGGCAGUGAUUACCGAUCCGCACUCCUUGGAUAAACUUCACACAUGGAAGGCCUACGCAGCUCUCGUCCGGUGCCUGGAGCUAUCUCUUGACCCUGACCAGGAGGUGCUCAACAAUGACGACUGGGACGAUUAUCCUCUCCGUGACAUGACAGACAAGCUCUGCCUCAUGUUCAUCAGCCAGCUGGUAGGCACCUUUGACUGCGAGAAACUCAUCAAGGCCAAAUUUGUCGAGAAGUGGCUGUCCAAGCAAAACUGGGGAACCACCGAGGAGGAGCGGCAUCAGAAUCUUGCGGCCUACCUGCGCAGCAAGACCAACAGGCUUGCCGAAAUCAUCAGCUGCAUUCGGCAGAGCCCAGCUGGCCGAGAGGCACUGCAGAAGUGCGGUCUCUUUCCGUAUCCCGACACGGAAGAGAGCGAAGCAGACGAUGGCGACACGCACUUGGUGGAACGAUUAAGCGUUUUGUUUCCGGAAACUCUCGAUGUCAACAGUUUGGACGCGAACCAUCCUACUAGGGUGUUGUUGCGUUCGUUCCAAACCACGCCAGGGAGUGAAGAACAGCGCGACCGGAACCAGAGGCACAGGCAGGCAAUGGUGCUGAAUGAUGGGAGUCAUCCGAUCACGAGUGAUGAUAUCAUCCAGCGGGACCCGACAUCGCCUACGUGAGCCGGCCAUGAUCCUUGAAAUCUUUUACUGGCAGUCGAAUUUACCAAGCCGUUCGAUGCAGGACGGGCUAAUACGGCUCGGCUCAACAAUAUACCUGAAUGCGGCCGAAUCCUGAACCGAAAUCCCGGAUGGGAUCAAGUCUGUGGGGAAGGCAGCAGUUCGAGGUGGUGACCACGAGGGUCAUUCCGGUAUUCUGUGUACCACACUGCGGCAAAGGGACGGGAUGGACAGCUACGAAAGGCGCUGGAUUAGGUUUCCAGAAAUGACGCGCGCCUUCUGUAGUACGAGGAUGGUAAGAGCGUUAUGGGUACCGGAUGCUCGGGAGUGCACAAACACUGCACUCAAGUUGAUGGUGCAUCUUGGAGCUGAGGCGCAGUUCAAGCUCGAAGACGAGAUGUUUAUUAAGACUCAGUGCGUUUCAAUGAGGUGUACCCUCAUGAAAUAUCCCGAGCAAUAGCCAGCGAUUGCGGCAAACGGUUCAAUAGGUGAUAGCCGAAUACGGUGAAUUAUCCGGGUUAUCCAGAAAGAUAUUCCCUGGAUAAGGAACAUGGUGUUAUACAGCCCUGGCUAUAAGGGAGGACUGAGCUUGACAGCAGCACAGCGCUGGAAAGAAAACAAAAACCCAACUUUGUAGAAGCGAUAUUCUCCAUGUUGGUGGCUGUUCGGUUUCUUACAUGCAUGGCAGCCAGGGGCUCACACGUGGAAAUGCAGCACAAACCCCCUGCGUUUCAGCGUUGCAUUGGUUCAACAGCCACUGGGGAGACAGCCGACCAUUGCAGCUGAGGGGGGAGUUAAAGAUAGAAAAGUAAACAAAGGAAUUGAGUGCGGGGAACGGAAAGUGGCAGCAAGGAGGAAUUGUUGUUUGUCAGUUGUGGUGUUGGGAUUGAAGCUCUAUCCAUGUCUGUUAAAUUCAGUAGACGGCAGCUAUGCUCUGUAUAUCACCCGUUACUUAAGUUAAGGUACC